GCCAUAUAUAUAUUCCCCAUGCUUUCUCUCGUUCUAACCCUUAGUUAUGACAUAUGGGUCAUCAAGCUUCUUAAAGCUACAGAAACACCAAAGGAGGGUUUUCUUUUGCCAAUAACCAAACCCUUUAGCAUAGGGGCUUUUAUAGGAAGAAGGGUAAACUUUAAUGUGUUAUUAUAAUCGUGCAAACCACUUCAACAAGCCAUUGGAUAGUGUCUCUCUCUCUCUCUCUCUCUCUCUCCCUCAUUCCUUUUUGAACAGAGAGAAUUCAGAAGCUCCCUCACUCAAUUGAUGGAUAUCAAUCAAACAAAGCUCCCAAGUCACACUUGGAAUCUUGAAAUGUCCACGGAAGAUCAUGUCCUUCAUGAGCAAGUUCCUUUGAAUCCAAUUUGGCCUAGCUACCCUCUUCAAACGCAUCAAACACCAUCCUCAACCUCCAGCCAAAUACCUAGUGCAACAAAUGUUUACAGUGACCAAAUGGGUCAGCUUGCUGAAGAGGAAGAAGAGACAGAAGAAGAGUUAAGCGCCAUGAAAGAAAUGUUGUACAAAAUAGCGGCGAUGCAGCCCGUGGACAUAGAUCCAGCCACUAUCCGAAAGCCCAAGAGACGCAACGUGAGAAUCAGUGAUGACCCCCAGAGCGUGGCAGCGCGUCACAGGCGAGAGAGGAUAAGCGAAAAGAUCAGAAUUCUGCAAAGACUCGUUCCAGGAGGCACGAAAAUGGACACAGCUUCAAUGCUAGAUGAAGCCAUCCGCUAUGUCAAGUUCUUGAAGAGGCAGAUUCGGCUGUUACAACCCAAUAACCAGCAGCCACCAUGCCAUGUGAACUGGCAAGUUACUCCAAAUAAACCUCUCGUUUCGACCUCCUCAACCUCGAUGGAGACACAGCAGGCAGGCCCUGAAUUCACUUUCGGUGGCAACGGGGGAAACCCCUUGUGCUUUAAUCAUGAGGUAAUUAAUGAUUAAUAUCCCUAAAUCAACAUGUAAUUGUUGUAUUAAUGAUAAUAUUAGUGAAAAAGGGGUGUGUGUAUAUAUAUAUAUAUAUAUAUAUGAAGAUUAAGAUUAUAACCUUUCCAAAAAAAAAAACAAUGAUUAAGAUUAUCAGAUGUAAUGCUAUCUUAGGGGGUCAAGGGAGUUGGGGGGGAGAAGGGUUUGUUAGGAUUUUGUUGACUAAGGUGUCGAAUAAUCAUAACGGUUAGCUUGAGUUACGUUGAGCCAUAUAUAAAAUAUAUAAUAAGGUUAUUGAAGAGUCUAAAUUGGCCGGAAACUUUGUUUGGCCGACUCUCUUUCCGGGAAUAAAAAGGUGACGUGAGAAAGCUAUUGAAAUCA